AUACAAUUUACAAACAUUUAGAUUCCAGAAUUGUAGAUCUCUCAAAAUGCCUCAUGAAGGAUUAGAAAAUUUAAUCAACUUGAGGCAUCUCCACUUCAAUAAUGAAAAUUGUAUGCCUGCAAACCUUGGGAGACUGACAUAAAUGGGUGAUCUUAUCCUUGGUCCUGUCAUAGAAGUCACCAUAUCCAAGCUGAUUUCAGCUGCUGCCGAGCAAAUCAACCUUGCAGUCAGUUGGAAGCAGGAACUCAUCAUUCUCCAAAACAAACUAGUCUUGAUUCAGGCUGUGUUGCAAGAUGCUGGACAAAGGCAAGUUACAGACAUGGCUGUGAAGCACUGGCUCCUCAGGCUCAGGCAAGUGGCAGAUGAUGCUGAUUACAACAAAGAUUUUAAAGUCAAAUUAGAGCUAAUCUCAUUAGGACAAAGAUUUUACAGUCAAGCAAAUCUCAUUGAGAGUUAAGGUAUGGUUCAUUUUUUUCUUUAUUUCCUUGUAAUUUUAUAGAUUUACAGUCAAAUUUUACACACCCAAAAAAAGAAAAAAGAUAUUACUGGGUAUAGUGAUAAAUCAGUUGGUGUAUGUCAAAGAAUUGUUUUCGAUUCUUGUUUUUGAGCUGUUAAACGGCCCAAUUUUCGGUUGGCAAUGUUGUUGGACAGUUAUUGGGUCAAGU